UCGGCUCCAUCCAUCGCUGGCUCGGGGGCGCCCGGGGCCUGCUGGCUGGGGGGAGAUGGACGACUCGGGGAUUAUCCGCAGGCGCCGGCUCCAGAAAGACCUGCCGUUGCCGCGGAAAAGCAGCAGCUGCCGAACCAGUAACAGGAAGAGCCUGAUCCUGACCAGCACGUCCCCGACGCUGCCGCGGCCCCACUCCCCCCUCCCGGGUCACAUCGGCAGCAGCCCCCUGGACAGCCCGAGGAACUUCUCCCCCAAUGCACCCGCCCACUUCUCCUUCACCACCUCGCGCAGGGCAGACGGGCGCCGCUGGUCUCUGGCUUCCCUUCCCUCGUCCGGAUAUGGAACCAACACGCCCAGCUCCACUGUGUCGUCGUCCUGCUCAUCCCAGGAGCGGCUGCACCAGCUGCCCUACCAGCCCACCAUGGACGAGCUGCAUUUCCUCUCCAAGCACUUCGGCAGCACCGAGAGCAUCACGGACGACGAUGGGGGGCGCCGCUCCCCCGCCGUGCGGCCCCGGUCCCGGAGCCUCAGCCCGGGCCGCUCCCCCUCCUCCUACGACAACGAGAUAGUGAUGAUGAACCAUGUGUACAAGGAACGGUUCCCCAAGGCCACGGCGCAGAUGGAGGAGAAGCUGCAGGAUUUCAUCACGGCCUUCGAGCCGGAGAGCGUGCUGCCCCUGGCCGACGGGGCACUCAGCUUCAUCCACCACCAGGUGAUCGAGCUGGCCCGGGACUGCCUGGCCAAGGCCCGCGAGGGGCUGAUCACCAGCAUCUACUUCUACGAGCUGCAGGAGAACAUGGAGAAGCUGCUGCAGGACGCGUACGAGCGCUCGGAGAGCCUGGAAGUCGCCUUCGUGACCCAGCUGGUGAAGAAGCUGCUGAUCAUCAUCUCCCGCCCGGCGCGGCUCCUGGAGUGCCUGGAGUUUAACCCCGAGGAGUUUUACCACCUGCUGGAGGCGGCUGAGGAUCACGCCAAGGAGGGACACCUGAUGAAGACGGACAUUCCCCGCUACAUCAUUAGCCAACUGGGCCUCACCCGUGACCCCUUCACAGACAUGGUGCAUCUGGAGGAACACGACAGCGGUGGAUCCAACACGCCCGAGACAGACGAGUUCAUGGAGGGCCGGGGAGCUGCCCUGAAACACAAGAAACCGCCCGGAGAAGGGGACUUUGAAACCAUCAAACUUAUUAGCAAUGGAGCCUAUGG